AAGAGAACAAAGAGUUGGACCAAAAAUGGAUCAAUAUAAUGAAAUGGAGCCAGAUACAAAUACUAGCAGUGAGAGAGUGCCACUAAGGGUGACAUAUAACAUCAACAGAAAGGUGUACAAUGAAGAAGAAUUUGAACAAGAGCAUGACCAAAAGAUGUAUUCCCAGCUCAACAAAGAAUCUGAAAGCCCUAAACCUGGACGAAAGAUCCAAUGCAGAUUCUCAUGUGCACGGUUCAAGAAAUUCAUACUCAAGAUGUUUCCUAUUUUAAACUGGCUUUAUACUUAUCGCAUUACUGAAUGGAUUCUAGGAGACAUACAUGCUGGCCUAAAUGUAGGGAUGGUGCAGGUUUUCCAAGGAUUAUCAGGAAUAGCGUUGACCGGAUUACCAAUUCCAGUUAUAAAUAAUUUUUAUUCUGCAUUUUGCUGCUCUUUAAUAUAUGUUAUAUUUGGAACUUCACAACAUAUGUCUAUUGGUUCUUUCAGCAUUCUUAAUGCAAUGGCAGCAAAUUUUCAGAGUAGUCUUAAUUUCAGAAUAAAGUUACCAAUUAAUGGCAGUUUGGUCAACAUUUCUGAUGAAACUUUUAUGCAAAAUUAUAUGGAAGCAGUAACUCACACUGCAUCUACUACAUUUUUAGUUGGGAUUAUUCAGGUACUUUUGGGCAUCAUUGGCUUGGGAUUUGUUACAACAUAUGUCUCAGAGAGUCUCAUGAAUGCUUACCUUACAGCAGCAGCAUUUCAUGUGAUUAUAUCUCAGUUCUCUUUCAUCUUUGGAAUUGUAAUUGAUUUUCAUGCAGGCCCAUUGUCAUUUUUUUAUAAUUUGGUAUACUACUGCAUGGGUCUCCCUAAAGCAAAUUCCACCAGUAUCCUGCUGUUUUUGCUUUCUUUACUAUUGCUGAGAGUCAGCAAAUGCAUUAAAAUAACUUAUAAACAUUAUCCGAUUGAGUUUCCAAUGGAACUUGUUUUGAUCAUUGUAUUUACAAUGCUUUCUACCCAAACUCAUCUACAUGCUGAAUCCAGUCAGGGAGUUUUUUCAGUGACUCCCCACAAGUUUCUGAAGCCUACACUACCUGUCUUCUCAAAACUGGGCAAACUUAUAUUACAUGCUUCAUCUCUGGCAAUAGUAAGCUACUUCCUUCUCAUUUUUGUGGGAAAGAAGUAUGCAAGUAUUCACAACUAUCAUAUCAGACACACUCAGGAUUUAAUAGCAAUUGGUCUAUGCAAUGUCUUCAGUUCAUUUUUUAAGACUUUUUCUGUCAGCUGUGCAAUUUCUACAACUGUUAUUCAGGAGAAGACUGGUGGAAAAACACAGCUUGCAGCUCUGAUUGGAAUUUCCUUAAUGCUGGUGACAGGAUUAAAAUUGGGGUAUUACUUCCAGUCCCUUCCAAAUGCUGUUCUGGCUGCCAUUGUACUUGUCAACAUGUUCCCAUUUCUUGAAAAAUUUAUGGAUGUCCCUUACCUGUGGAAACAAGAUAAAUAUGACUUUGGAAUUUGGAUUGUGACCUUUCUAGUUGUCCUCUGCCUUGGUCUGGAUAUUGGCUUAGGAAUUUCUUUGGGAUUUGCCUUUUUUAUAAUAAGUGUCAGAGCGCACAGAAUGAAGAUAAUGACAUUGGGUCAGAUUCCAAACACAAAUAUUUAUCGCAGAUUCUCUGACUACAGUGAGGCCAUAGAGAUUCAGGGUGUGAAAAUAUUCCAGUGCUGUGCUUCUAUCUCAUUUGCAAACAUGAAACAUUUCAAAAAGUACAUUUUGAGAAAGAUGGAUAUGAAGGCAGUGCCUCUGGAUGAAAAUGAGAUACGAGCCUUGACCUCAAUCAGUAUGUCCAGUAUGACAGGACAGAACAAAGACUUAAACUGCGCCUGUAUUUGUGAUCCACCUGAGCCGAUACCCAGGGUACCCUAUAGAGAGAAACUUCUAAAGCGAGUUCAUAUUGCUAAUGAAUCAUUCUCUGCUUCUUCUUUGGCCUUGGUACGCUGGACAAGAGACCCUUCUGAUAUACAAUACUUCCAAUCUCCAGCAAGAGAAAGGGCAUAUAGCUUUGCAAAGAGGGAGCCAGAUCUGAAUAAAAUGUGGUUUUCAUCAGACCCUCGUUUAACAAGGUCUACAACUCAGUUGUAUACACUGGACUCAGAGGAUGUAAUGCAUAGGAUUCACACUAUUGUUUUAGACUUUAGCAUGGUGCACUUUGUUGAUUUACAAGCUUCUUGUUUAUUACGGGAGCUCUGUCAUAUCUUUCAGAACAUUGGAAUCUCAAUCCUGAUAGCUGCCUGCCAUUCCACUGUAAUAAAAACUUUUGAAAAUCGUGAUUUCUUUGACCAAUGUGUUACUAAAGCCCGGUUCUUUCCUACUCUUCAUGAUGCCAUACUCUUUGCUGUGGAGCCCACUCUUUUGGAAGAGAUUGUUCCGGUGGAAACCCAAAAUGCAGCUCCUGAGGACAUGAUGGCAGAAGUACAUUUAGAUGAUGAAAAGGAUAUAAGAAGUUACCACUCUGGGAGAAGUAAGCAAUCAGAGAGAAGGAGUCAGCAGUCCAAUGGGAUCAGAGAUGCCCCCACACCCAAAACUGUUCCAAGUGAAACGUACAUUGAAGAGCCCAUAUCUGAUCUUUUCCGCACAUUUUCUCUCCAGAGUGACUUAGAGGGUACAUCUCAUCACCCUGUUGAAACAUCUCCCCUUGAGGACAAUGAAGAUGAUCAAGAAUGGGAAGGAAAGUGGAAUUAUUCCAGAGAUGUGUAA